AUGUCUGCAGUUUGGAAGACUCCCUGUGGGUCAGAUGCAAUGCCUGAGAUCACGGUGAAAAUCGUUGGAAGUAAACACUUUCGAUACCUUGUGGAAAAGCCAAAGACCAAGGAAGAUGAGAACAUGAAAACAGAAACUCAAACAGUGCUCCAGAAACCCCUGACUGGUAAUGCAAGCCUCCCAGCUCCUACUAACCUCACUGAUGAGCAAACCAAUUAUAACCCAGAUGGUGGGGAAGAGAGGAAGCACCCAGAGAACAUUCAGAAACCAGAGAACAACCAGAAACUUCUAACAGGAGCAAACAAUAGCAGAUUCCUGGAUGGCAAAGCAUUUAUCAUUUCAAUUCCCAUUCAGGCAAAUGGCCAUUGCAGCUCUGUACCAACGGGAGACCAGUCCCUAUCCUAUGUGCAUGGCCUCCCCAGGCGAAGGCUUAGAGACUGGUCUUUGGAACAGAUGGUAAGCAGAGGCUCCAACCAACCUGAGGAUGUUGGCCCAAGAUCGAGUGGGACAAGAAAAGAAGACACUUUUCUUCUUGCCUUGGUCAGAAGAGAGCUCAAGUCACAUCCUUUGAGUUCCAGCUUAUUAGAUAAGCUUCAGAAAGAGCUGCAGAUCCUGGACGCCAUCUCUUCAGGAUGUCUUCUCCAAUCUCAGCUGAGCCGCCUCUUCUUAAGGCAUGGAGUCCCUCUCCAGUUACCAACAGUCAAGAUCCUUUGCCAGAGAUUUUCUAGGAGGGGCUCUCCUGAAAUGGUGAAUUAUGGAAAGCUACUCUUGUUUUUAAAAGGUGCAGUUUCAGAUAAUCCACAGCAAAGCAAAACAGUUGUAGACAGCAAUCUGAAGAAAACUGAGAGUAUCAGCAAUCACAGCCAAAGUACUGCACCUCAAGACUCCAGCCCACAGUCAGAAGUGAACAAGAGCCUCUUGGAGAUUUUGAAGAUGGCACUAAAGACGACCAAUGGCAAACUCAACACAGAGAACCUCAAUCUGAGUUUUCGAAAAGAAGAUCGCUCAUUCUCUGGCUGCCUCCCUCCACCCAAGGUCAGGGCUAUAUGUGGGAAGCAUGGAUUACAUCUGACUUUGAGUCUGCUGGAAACAUUGCUUAACCAUCAAGAUUUGGGUUACCAAGAUGAAAUAAAAUGGCAGAAUUUUGUUGAGAUGCUGAGCAGAGCUUCUUCUGAUUUGUUGGCUGAUUUGCCUACAGGGAAGAAUGAAAAGGAAGCCCCUGCCACUCUAGUGGAGCCUAAAGUCCCUGAGACGUCUCAAAGCAAAACUGAACAUAUGAAAACUCCAGAAGAGGAGCCAAAGCCAGAAACCCCCCCUGCUGAAACUUUAGCCCCAAAAGAUUCUCCUAGCUCCUUGAAGAUCAGGCCUGCCUCCCAGCCUUUUGUGAGUCCAGCCAUGAAUAAAGAGUCUGAAGAAAGUGAGAUGUGGAUAGACAGGUUCAGGAAGCUGGAAAAUGCCCUCUACCUGUGUGAUCUGAGUAAUACAGGAGUCCUGGAGAAGGACCGAGCUAGACGCCUCAUUCACAACUACAAUCUCAUUUACAACCUGUCCCUGAGCCCUCGGAAAAUCGACCAGGCCUUGCGGAGAUUUCGUUCAGGAGAAAAUAUGCUCUUGGAGCCAGCACUGCAGUACUUAAAGGAGCUAUGAUAACAAGCCCAGAUUGUGAGAACAGAUGUUUCCCUUAUCUCCCUUUUUACCCAGACACGUGUUUCUCCCCAGCCCGAGUGUAGUGGUGGAGGCAUUGUCAGAGUUGAGGCCACUGCAGCUAUUAUAGAUGCGUUUGAUUUGGACUUGGUUUCUGGCUAUAAUGCUUGCUCAUAAGUAGCUCAAAACGAUCAGGGAAAACUAGGUUUUCUCUUCUGAUGUGGCAAAAACCCAGAUACUUAAAAUCUCCCUUUAUUCCAAUAAAGCUUAUUAUUAAUGUUA